UUCAUGGGGAGUGAACGUGCUCACUGUGAGAAAACCAUUUCUGUCAUUCCGAUCAUCCAUUGCAAAGUGCGAGAACUCUGUUUGUGAAAGAUCAUAAUCUAUAUUAGUGUAGAUACGACAGAUUAUAAAUAUGUUUGAUGUUGGGUGAUAUUUCGCUGAAGAAAUAAGUGAGUGGUGUGAAUGCCUGACCACAGCGGCAGGUUGUGGUGCUGGCGACAGUGUGGCGGGAGACGAGCACUUACCACACGUGGCCACAACAAGCAAUUUGAAACGCAUUGUUUACAUCAAGAAACUCUUACCAAAACAUACAUCAUCAUAUCAGCCAGUACAGUUUCCUUCACCGAUAAAACACUAAAGUAUUGGUUUAAUAGUAUAUUAAAAGAAUUAUAGCAUAAUAUGAAGGGAACGAGGCAAAGAAUUGGCAACUCAAUAAUAUAUACGCCCAGUUGCUAUUUCACGAUUUUCUGAGAAAAUUUAUGAAAAUUUCGUCCCCAUUCAUCGUCAAGACAAAACUGCUUUAUUAUGAACAGCAAUGGGUCAGGGGAGCGGGCGAGGCCGACAGUGGUGCUGGGGGAGGCGACGACGGUGAGGGCGGUGCCGCUAGUGGGUCCUCCUUACCUGAGACGAGGCGCACAGGUGUGUGGACGCAGUGUGGGCAGGACCUGCAUCUUCCUGCUCAUCACCUUCGGCGUCGCCUCCGUCAUGAUCGGUGUGGUGCUGUUCACUGCUGACCUGCAGAUGGUGACGGGGUUCUGGGCUGUUGGUACAGUGUUGAUGCUCCUGGGAGUUGUGUUGAUAGCGGUGUUCCUGACGUUGUGUUGCUCCGCCAGGCGAACCUUCAACGCCCUCCCCGUCGACCAUCCUGACCGUGCCAAGUGUUACCGCCCCGUCGCUGUGCCUUCUCGUUCCUCCAGCACGUACCAGCUCCUCCCCAUGAGACAGACUCCUACCUACGCCCUCUCAGCUCCUUCAGGACAAACCCUCGGGUAUGCUACGACACCUAGAGGGCAGAGUGUUGGUCAUCCUGUGUCAUCUAAGGGAGAGACCGUUGGUUAUCCUACUUUAAAGGGUCAUACUGUUGGUUAUGCCACAACACCCAGGGGGCGGUCUGUUGUGCAUCCUUCACCAGACGGACCGACUCUUGGUUACUCGACCCUGCCUGGAGGACGACCUAUUGCUUAUUCUUCACCACGCGGAGGACAGACUCUUGGUAUCCCCGAAUCACCUAGAGGACAACCUGCUGGGUAUCUCUUGCCUCACGGGAGACAACAACGAGAUGGUUACUCAGCGCUACCAGGAGACAAACCUCUUGGUUACCACACCCCGCGUGGAGGACGACCUUACGGAUAUCUCUCUUCACCUGGAGGACAAGCCUUUGGGUACUCGACUCUUCCCGGAGGACAAAUAGGAUACCGACCAUCUGCCGGAGACCACCUCAUUGGGUAUCAAGGACCAGCCGAGGCGCAAGUACCCUUUAAUGGACAGGUAUCAACGACUAACAGCUCACCUGUGGGCAGGAGGGUGUCACCAUCUCCCAGAGCCUACACACAGAGUGACGACCCUCCUCCAUACUCCACUGUUGUUGACCCCUUCACACCUUAAACCCAGACCACGAGAGACAUCACCAGUACAAGCAACCAACACUCAUUCUUUUCCACCCGAGACGAACAUACGCCACUGUUUUCCUUACGUAGGCGCUCUUUUAUGAUAUAAACACAGUGAUAUAUUUAUGCUCUUAGUCACAUUUCUUAUGAAAUAUUAAUGUAAUAUAUUUAGAUAUUUUUAUAUGCUAUAUUUGUAAACAAGAUAUAUGACUGUGGUAUUUUUAUAUCUGCCGAAGACUGGUGUUUGUCUGUCUAGAUCUUGCAUUUGAUGUUUUCUAUCAGUAUUAAGUAUUCAGUAAUGUUUUUAUACCAUUAUUAGUGUAUAGUAGAUUUAUUUACUCCUUUUCGUAGGUACUUAACUAUAUUCCUUGUUUUAGUUCUCUCUCUCUCUAUCUC